AGCAUUCUAUUCCAAACUCCCCCGACAGCUUUCUACACAUUAUCACAUUGUUGGAACUCUUUCCCCAUCCUCUGGGAGCACAGGGACAAGAAGAGAAUUUGAAUACCAACAUUCUUUGAGAUGUGGAAUAUGAUCAAAAUAUAAUGAGCAUGUAUUAUAGGUAAGGAGAGCCUGACUGUAUGAAAACUAAGUGAAUAAUAUAUUUUAUGGUAUGCUUUACUCUGAAGACAAUACUGAUGAGGAGCAGGAAAAUUUGCCUUAUGAUGGAGAUCUACAAAAUAGAUAUCAGCUCGAUUGUGAUUCACAAAAUGUGGAAGAUUUUCCUUCUGUAGAAGGUGCUUUUCAAAGUUUUUUCACAUCUCAUAUUAGCAAUCAUUCAAAAGAAAUAUCAGACUGCAAGGCACAACUGCCUCGAAAGAAAAUAAAUCUGGUGUUAUUGCCAAAGAAAAAUGAUAUGGAAUUUACCUUAACAACAGAAAGGGAAUUACAAUAUAAGAAUGUUAAAAGUUCAGGAAAAAAUGAAAAAUUAUCCAACUCAAAGAUUUCAGAUGUCCUUUUACGUCAUUUUCCCAAAGAAGAAUUAUCUAAUCCAUGCCACCUAAUUGAUUCUGAAACAAUCCCAGAGAUAUCAUAUACAGAAAGUUUUGAUGAAACUAUACUAAAUCAGAUUACUAUUUCAGAAAGCACAAAGAUAUAUUCACUACAGGAAGAACGCAAGCAAAAUCUUGAAAGAGAAAUAAAAAGUGAAUCAGUUGACAAAAAUUGGGAUUUGAUCAAAGAUAAGUACUUUGCAGUAGAGGAGAGUACUAAUCCCAGCUGUGAUAGAAAAGACUACAAACAAGAUAAUCCAAUUUUUUCAACUCAGAAAAACCAUGUAAUGGAUGAAAAAUUCAAUUAUAUCCCAUCCCCAAAAGAAAAGUACCAAGAUCAAAAAUAUUUUCUGGAAACAACAGGAUCUUUUCAUAAUCCCAAAUAUGGUCAACGACAGGUUCAUUAUCGACUUCCUGAUUUCUCUAAGGUUGCUCCAAAAGUCAAAAUACCCAAAGGAAAUAACACAAACCCUAUAAUUAAAAGAACCAACUCUUCCCCAAAUGUGCUUAGUAACUCAGCAACAGUGGGUGAUGUUUUAGUGAAUUCUUUGGAAUCUGCUGCAAUCAAGAAGCAUGAACCGGAAAUGAGCAGAGCUGAACUUGACCAACAGCUAGAGAUGCUGACAAAACAAGCAGAAGCUCAGAAUCUUAUUGAUCAACUAAGAUUUAAUGCUAAGAAACUUCCUUGCUCAAAUUCCUAUACAUCCACACUUGGUGUUGAAACACAAGGUGCCAGAGUAUCUUCUGAAAUAUCUGCAGUUUCUCCUAUAACUGUUCCAGUGAAACCCAUGCCUGGUUUCUCUGUGUUGCCUCUUUCAGAAUCAAAUUCCAGAAUAACAGUUUCACCCUUACCCAUGGCUGAUAAGGCAAGGCAAUCAUCUGUAACUUCUCUGCUGCACAAAGUAACAGAAGAAGAAAAGCUUUCUCAGAUGCUAAAAGAACGGUCAGAAGAGCUGAAGGCAAAAGUGGAAAUAUUUUCCAAAUGUGUGACCCAGGAUGCAUUGCCAGUGCAAGAAUGCCAUCAGCUUUUAAUGCUUUUAAAAGAGCAACUGGAUCAACUGGAACAGAAUUACUUAGACACAAAGGAGAAACAUUGUGCUUUACAGCUCCAGAAUCAUGAGUACCGAUCAACUUAUGUCAAAGAAUUCGAUCCUGACAGAAAACUUGAGGGAGAAAUAUUUAAGCUUGGGAUGCUACUUGAAGAUAUGAAAGAGAAAAUUGAUAAGACUUACAAUCCACAUUUUUCAACUUUUGUGGCAUCAUCUUCAUGCACACCCUGUGAAUCGGUGUCAUCCUCCUAUUCAAACUGUUCUGAGAAUCCAGCAAUUUCAAAUAUUUGUGAGUAUUCACAUAAGAGUGCUAUGGGCAUGAAUGUUUUUAAGACUGGGAAGUAUGGAGAGAAUAGAACUUCACAGAAGAUACCUGAACAAUGUAACCAAGCUGGAAGGGAUGGCACCUGCCAUCAGGACCAGCCAGAGCUACAAAAGAAAAGCUCCUGUAAAAAAAUGGAAGAAUCUCUAGAGAAGUCAGUAAAUAAGGAAUCUAUCCAUGCUGAAGAGCUGCAGUCCCACAGAGCACUUACAACAAAUCAGAGUGGUAACAAUGAUCAAGAAAACACAGAUAGGAAUUUAUGCUAUUGGGAAAUGAGAUCUCCACCUCCAGCCAGUCCCCAAAACACCAACCAUCAAGAACCCAACACAGUUGGUAGCACUGAAAUGAAAGAACAGGGAAGCAUAGCUUAUUCUGCAGAUCACUGUUUUUUUGAGAAGUUGGAAAAUUCUGUAAAGGAACAUAAUAUUAUUAUCCAUCCUAUGUUGAAAAUACAGUUAUCAAGAAAACAAGCAUGCUUCUGUUCUUCCAGCAGAAAUACAAAUAUAGAACACAAGAAGACAAACAGAGGAAAGUCAGACUAUGAAAGAUUCUCAGUCUUCUCAAAAGGAACAGCAGUGGAUUUAGAUUACUCAGGUAGCAAUACAGAAGACACGUCAUUCUGUGACCAACUAGACAAUUCAAGUGCAAGCCAGGAACAGAGGCUUAAAACUCAUCAACCACUGCGAGAGGAUCCCAAAGAACAAAAUAAAGCUUCUGCACAGAAGAAAAAGAUUGUCCUUCAAAGGAUUAGUACAAAUAAACAACCAGAAGAAUUUAUAGACAGACUAUGUGACAGACAAAAACUAUAUAUUCCCCAAACUCGUUACUCGAGAACACAAGAUACCAUUAUGCUUUCACCACAGUACCUUGCUAGUAGAAACAUCUAUGGAAAGAAGUCAGCAUGUAACCCAAGAUACAGGCAGAGUGAUGACACAAAUACAAUGAUAUUAAACUCUUCUCUGGACCAUGUUAUCCAAACCGCAAACAACUUGAAGAAAACUACAGAGCACAUGAUGCAAGUUAUCUCAGAAGAUUUAGCCAAGGCCAAAAUUCAGACAUUCGCCAGUACAGCUAGCCAGUACUAAAUCUGAAUGUGUUGUGAAACUGAUAAAACUUUAUCUGAAAAAGAAAGUUACACGAGGAAAAAAUUAAAGAAAGACUUUUCCUUGAAGGAAAUAUUAUGAUCUUUUAUUAUUAUUAUUAAAUAAAAGAUCAGUAAGAAUGAUACUACAUGGGAUUCUAUUCACAUAUUGACUACAAGUUUAUUCUUGUCCCAGGAGUAAUGCUGCAUC